UACUGGAAUCAUGCACUAUGUACUGCACAAUGCAUCUGAGGAUUAUUAUUAUUCUGUGCUUUAGCCAAGCAUGCAUGCUGUUAACCCUGAUGCUCUGUUUUGGAUUUUAGAGACCCUCCAAGCCCUAUUUUAAUACACCAAAAUCGUACUUAACAUCGAACAAUCAGCUUAAACAUCAUGACUUUUGCAAAAUGCAACAGAUCUGAUUAUAAACAAGCUUUCAACUUGAUGUUAUGGUUAAAUAGUUUUACAUUAAAAACAAUGCAAAUUGCUGUUGUGGUGUCAUUGAGACCCCAAGUUUAAAACCUGAUUGAUAAAUUCAGUGACAUCACUGAUGUUUUUAAGUGUUCACAGUGAUUUUACACAUACAAUAAAGGGGUCUCUGGGACCCCAAACAAUCAGGCAGCCAAUGUCAGCAGAACAUGAGGGUUAAGUGACAUCCAUACCCAGCUAUGAAAUGUCACACGUAAGUCUUUUAGCCCUGCCCUUUCAACCCAGCCCCCAAUAGCAGCCUGGUUAUUUUCCAGAUUGUAAUACCCUCUAAACAUGUCUCAAGUGGGCUAUCAAACUUUUUGCACAUUGUGUUCUGGUUCUGUGUCUUGUGAUGGUCAAGUCAGAAUGGUUCCUUUGAAGUCGUUUUAAGAAUUAGAGUUAAAACAGCUUACUGUGCAUUGAUGGAAAUAACUGUAGGGUUACCCGGUUGUUUUGCACUGGCCGCCCUGAGCUUGCCAUCUCAUAUUACAUGCCAAGCGCAAGUGGCCUGUCACAGCUCCUCACAUGCUUGGUGCUUCAGUCGAACUUGCUAUAACCGCAUAAACUAAAAUCCUCCCAAAAGGACAAGGUACGGCAGUUCAUGUCCUUUACUCAAGCCGGGGAGAAGACUGCCGUAUACUGCCUCACUCAAAAUGACUGGAAACUAGAGGUGGCCACCGACAACUACUUUCAGAACCCAGAUUUGUACCACAAGGAAUCCAUGAAAGGCUCAGUGGACCGAAAAAAGCUGGAGCAGCUUUACAAUCGAUAUAAAGAUCCCCAAGAUGAGAAUAAGAUUGGGAUCGAUGGAAUUCAACAGUUCUGUGAUGACCUCAAUCUGGAUCCGGCCAGCAUCAGUGUUCUGGUUGUGGCAUGGAAAUUCCGUGCAGCAACACAGUGUGAAUUCAGCAAGAAAGAGUUCAUUGAUGGCAUGACAGAGCUGGGGUGUGACAGUCCGGAGAAACUUCGAGCUCUUCUGCCCAGAUUAGAACAGGAUCUGAAAGACAGUGGAAAGUUCAAAGAUUUCUACCAGUUCACCUUCAACUUUGCCAAGAAUCCUGGACAAAAAGGUUUAGAUUUAGAGAUGGCAGUAGCAUAUUGGAACCUGGUUCUGGCUGGACGUUUUAAGUUCCUAGACCUCUGGAACAGAUUUUUAUUGGAGCAUCAUAAGCGCUCAAUUCCCAAAGACACAUGGAACUUGCUUCUGGAUUUUGGCAACAUGAUUGCAGAUGACAUGUCAAACUAUGAUGAAGAAGGAGCAUGGCCUGUUCUCAUCGACGACUUUGUGGAAUACGCUCGGCCAAUCGUGAUGGGAUCAAAACGCAAAACUGUAUAGUAAUGCUGCCCCUGGGCGAGAACUCACGCCUUGGUCGCCUCAUUGACUUUGUAGUUUUUUUAAAGACUUGUAAGCAUUAUAACAGAGAACUAAGAGAAACACUUGAAACUGACAAGCUUUGCAAAAGGAAAAACAGGACGGAAACGACGACUCAGACUUCCACACAUCACACAGGAAGGACAAGAGUGCGAAACUCAAGAUUUCUUAUAGAGCCAUCAGAUGCACAUGGCCAGCUAUAUUUGCACUGGCGACUCAAUUCUAGCCUGAAACCCUUGGAGAUUUUGGGUGGAUAACUUCGAACCUAGUACCUCAUCUCCAUAGCAAUCAGUGUCACUCUAUAGAGUCCUCAUUGCCUAUCCACUCCUCACAGUCUGAAUUAUGGAAUAGUCUCUCCAGUUUCGUUUUAGAUUAUGUACCCAUCUGUCUGGGUGUGUAUCUCAUGCAGGACUUGAUGCUGAUCAUGUCCGCAUUUUAAGCCAGACGUUCAUGGGCAGCACAGCAUGCGGCUCACAACACCAGCACUAUUGUUACAGUUGUAAAAUACUGUAUCUACUGCAGCAGUAUGUACAGAGAGAAAUGUAUUAUCAGUAAUGUUUUAUUAUAUGAAAUAUGAGACAUAUGAAAGAAAGGCGUGGUCAAAACAAGAUGCCUCCAUACCAUGUUCUUGUGUGAUUUUAGGUCUAACAUGUCAUCUGCCCUGUUGCGGAACUUGUAACAACACGGUUCAGUGUUACUCUUUUUUGUUUUUUUUUGUUUACCAGAUUUAUGUUAAGAAAUAAAUUAUUGCCCUUUA